GGUGGAACCGGUGCACGUUUAGUCACCACAUUUCACGCUUACCGUCCGCGUUUGAAAAUAGUCCCGCCUCUACCAAGCCUGUACGAAAGUUGUUGACACUUGCCCGCCCCUCAUGGCUUGUUUUGUCGUUCACUACAACAAAUUUUAUGUUUUUGUGACGUCUCGAAAUUUUUAAAAUUGAUCUUUGCUCUGGCUGAGCCCGCGAGUUCAACGGAGUUCGAAGAGUAAGGGCAAGGAUACACCAGUUGUCUCCAGAAAGCAUAUGGCCGAUAGCCGGUUAGUGGUAGGACCAUUGUAGAAAUUUGAUAGAAUCCUUUUUAACAGCGAAAAUGAAUCCCGAAGCAACACUUCAUCUCACUCAAAUCUUGGAGAAGACAGUAUCUGCAGACAAAAAUGAGCGAGAAGCUGCAGAGGCGUUCUUGGAAGAGGCAGCCAGGACAAACCUUCCGGAGUUUGUCAAAACCUUGUCUGAGAUUCUACACCAUGGAGGAAAUAGCCAGGUUGCCCGUAUGGCUGCUGGUCUUCAUUUCAAGAAUACGCUCACGUCAAAAGUCCAAGAUCUGAAAGAACAGCAUCAGAAGCGGUGGCUUGCUUUCCCUGAGGAGAUUAGGACUUAUGUUAAAAACAAUGUUCUUGGUGCAUUAGGCACUGAAAACAACCGGCCGAGCUCAGCAGCACAAUGUGUGGCUUAUAUUGCUGUAGCAGAAUUGCCAGCUGGCCAGUGGAAAGAUUUAAUACCUCUUCUUGUAUCAAAUGUAAUUGGUGGCACUAGUACUGAAAUGAUGAAAGAGGCUACUUUGGAGGCAAUUGGUUACAUUUGUCAGGAAAUUGAUCAUGAUGUUUUAGUUGAACAAUCCAAUAUGAUUUUAACUGCCAUCAUUCAUGGCAUGCGUCAAAAUGAACCCAGCAACCAUGUACGACUUGCAGCCACUACAGCUCUUCACAAUUCUUUAGAAUUCACUCGUGCCAACUUUGACAAAGAGUCUGAGCGUAAUUAUAUCAUGGAAGUCGUUUGUGAAGCCACUCAAUCCACAGACAUCCAAGUCAGAGUUGCUGCGCUGCAAUGUUUAGUAAAAAUUAUGUCCCUGUACUAUCAAUAUAUGGAACCAUAUAUGGGUCAAGCCUUGUUCCCAAUAACUUUAGAAGCAAUGAAAUGCGAUAAUGAUGAGGUAGCAUUGCAAGGUAUUGAAUUUUGGUCUAAUGUAAGUGAUGAAGAGGUAGAUUUAGCAAUUGAAGAGAGUGAAGCAGUGGAGGCAGGAAGACCACCAACUAGGUGUUCCAAGUUCUAUGCAAAAGGAGCUUUGCAAUUUUUAUGCCCUGUUCUCAUGCAAAAGCUCACUAAACAGGAAGAGUUUGAUGAUGAAGAUGAUUGGAAUCCUAGCAAGGCAGCAGGUGUUUGUUUGAUGCUUCUAGCCACUUGUUGUGAAGAUGACAUUGUUCCACAUGUUUUGCCAUUUGUGAAGGAGAACAUCACCAGUGAGGAUUGGCGCUUCCGCGAUGCUGCCCUUAUGGCGUUUGGCUCAAUUCUUGGUGGACUGGAUCCCUCCAAUCUCAAGCCAUUGGUCGAACAAGCAAUGCCUACUCUCAUCAAGCUUAUGUAUGAUGGCAGUGUUGUCGUAAGGGACACAGCCGCUUGGACCUUUGGUAGAGUUUGUGAAAUUAUUCCUGAUGCUGCCAUCAAUGAAACUUACUUGAAGCCCCUCUUGGAAGCAUUUGUGAAUGGUUUGAAAGCUGAGCCUCGGGUUGCUGCCAAUGUCUGCUGGGCUUUUACUGGACUGGCUGAAGCUGCAUAUGAAGCUGCUGAUGGCUCUGAUGAUCCAAAUCCAGAAACCUACUGCCUGUCUCAAUACUUUGAAUUCAUUGUUCAGCAGCUGCUUGAGACUACAGAUCGCCCUGAUGGUGCACAAGCCAACCUGCGCUCUGCAGCCUAUGAGGCUUUGAUGGAGAUGGUGAAGAACUCCCCCAGAGACUGUUAUGUCACUGUACAGAAAACUACUAUGGUUAUUUUGGAGCGCUUGAACCAAGUACUCCAAAUGGAAUCCCACAUCCAAAGCCAUGAUCGCGCUCAGUACAACGAUCUGCAAAGCUUGCUUUGUGCAACUCUUCAAAGUGUGCUGCGGAAGGUUGCUCCUGAUGAUGCUCCUCAAAUUUCUGAUGCCAUCAUGACUGCUCUUCUGCAAAUGUUCGCUUCCAAUACAUGCAGAUCUGGUGGGGUACAGGAAGAUGCCCUUAUGGCUGUAUCCACUUUAGUUGAAGUCCUUGGUGAAGGAUUCUUAAAGUACAUGGAUGCCUUCAAGCCUUACCUGUGCAUGGGUUUGAAAAAUCACAUGGAACACCAGGUGUGUGGAGCAGCUGUUGGCUUGACUGGUGAUAUUUGCCGUUCCCUGAAGGGGAAAGUGUUGCCUUUCUGUGAUGAAAUUAUGACACUUCUCCUGGAGAACCUUGGGGAUAAUAAUGUUCAUCGCUCUGUUAAGCCUCAAAUUCUGUCCGUGUUCGGAGAUGUUGCUCUCAGCAUUGGACCGGAGUUUAAGAAAUAUCUGGAAGUUGUUCUCAGAACACUUUCACAGGCAUCUCAAGCUACUGUUGACAAUAAUGACUAUGAUCUUGUGGAAUGGUUGAAUGAGCUUCGAGAAGGUGUGCUUGAAGCAUAUACUGGCAUUGUUCAGGGCUUGAAGGGUGACUCUGAAACUCCCUCUCCAGAUAUCCAUAUCCUAGAGCCAACUGUACCCUUCAUUAUUCAAUUCAUCGUAGUUGUUGCUCAGGACAGUCAGCACUCUGAUGGUUGUGUUGCAUCCUGUGCUGGUCUUGUUGGUGACUUAUGUAAUGCUUUUGGAGCAACAAUCCUCCACCUGUUGGAUGUGGAUCCCAUCAACGAGCUUCUCACAUCUGCCCGCCGGUCCAAGGUUAACAAAACCAAGACCUUGGCGACGUGGGCUACUAAAGAAAUCCGCAAGUUCAAGGCAGCAGCUGCAAGCUGAUGCAUCGUAGGUCGUAUUAACAAGCCAGAAGACAAUCAGGCAAAUUCUCUUUCUCUCAUUCGUUAUAAUCCUCUUUUUGGUUGACUUAAACUGCAACCCCUCCAUGCUCUGAAGUCUCGACUGGGUGAAUGAACAUAUCGGUGCGAGUUGGUGCUUCAUUGCAACAGUGUGUACAGUGACUACAAGAAGCAACGUGAAGUGUGAGUGAGAGUGAAGGUGUGCAAGGGCUGAGGGACGCACUUGUAAGUGUGCAUGUGAGAGUGAAUUAGUGGACUCAAGACUAUCGACUGCAAGACUUUACAUGAAGACUGUGUUUUUUUUUCUUUUUUCUUUUUUUAAUGUAGAGGAAAUUUUCCAGAAACACAAGAUAUUUCUUCAACUGACAAUAUUUGAAUGAAUGUGGAAACUUUUUUUUGCAUGCCAUUGCUUUGGCAGCAAACAGGUUAAGUUAAAUGUUAUGCAAUUUCAUUCUCAGGAAUUAUAGUGUAAGUUGGCAAACACCCAGCCAGUGGAAGGCACAAGGGGAAAAUGCUCGUUGCAUUUGCAACUCACAUAUCUGCUGGUCAUUAUUGUUACCGUGCUUUGAAUUAGUGCUGUGGACUACAUUCCCCUUAAUCCUCCAUCGGAGGUGCUAAACUCUAGAUGUCUCUUGCAGCAGUACUGAUUUCAGAGAUAGGCAUUACUUUGCAGAACUGAGAUUUGGAACUGUAAUUUUUGUUUUAUCAUUGGGUAUUGCUGUUAUUUAUUAAUGUUAAGGUUUUCUUUUACAAUCAAUCUAAAUUUUUAUGUCUGUUAAUCAAUGACCUGAAUGUGUCCAUCUUAUUUUCAUUUAUACACAGUGCCUGCUCACUUAAAACCAGUAAUUACCCUUCAAUAAUCCUACGUUAGUAACCAGUAUUGCUGCUUAUUUACUGCAUUUUUUUUUCUUCUCUGUUUUCUGAUUGAAGAGAUUUUUGUCUCUUGCUCAGUUCCCUGCUUUCUUCCAUAUGAUGAGUUGAUAACAAAGCUGGGAUUACAUUUAUCCCCUUCAGUUCCGUUGCAAUUUGUUUGUUUUUUUCUUUUAAAUUGUGUUUGACAGAACUGAUGCUUUGUGAAUGAUUUGUAUACUACGUACUGUAAUGAAUGAUGUGGUAAAUAGUCCUAAGCUACAAAUUACCAUUCCUGUGGUGGAGACAACUGGCAGGCGGCUACUGACAGUUGCACUGUGAAACUUGUUGACUUAACCCUGACAUACCUGUAAGUGUAGGAAGUGUAGAAGUAAAGUAACUGUGAUUUGGGGGUGUCUGAGCACAUUUUGGCACAAAAUUGAACAAUUUUGAACUGCCUUGACUGAUUUUUCGGUCCAGAUAAAAUUAGGGAAUUGAGUUCCCAUUUUAAAUGGAUAUUCUAAACAGGUUGAGGGGCGGGCUCUUCAAACUGUGGUGAACCUGCUCAGACGCUCUCAUUAUACCUGACUGUGUGAUAACAUGCGUCCCUUGUAAAUGUGUGAGAGAUUCAUGCUGGUGGAAGUGUCCAGGAGACCUUCUAAAGGCAUGAUUGUUUGCAUUGUAUCAAUGGAAAUGUAUGAUUCUGUGAGUGUUUGUGUCCUAUGAAUGAAUGAAUGAGCAAUAAAUGAGAUUUUGAGUGAAUCUAUUUUCUCUUUGACUGAAUGUUGGAUGAUUCUGUGUAAAUGUGGUUCUUUUUAUGUUAGUGUUAUACACUUCAGCCUCUUCUCAAAUUAUGUUUAUGGCAAACAUUUUCAUUGUUGAUGAAUUAAAAUCAAAUUUUGAGAGCAUGUUAUUUUUUUAAAUUACUUGAGUGACUGGUAUUUCUUGUGUGCCAUGACUGAGAGUCGAUCAAAAUGAUGGUAUGCCUGCCCGUCCUUUCAUCUUUUUUUAAAAUUCUGUUAGCCCUUUUACUUUCCACAUACAUAUGGUUCUUGUCAUUAGGUGCCAAUUCACAGGUAGAGGUCCUCAGUGUUAUUUUCUUCUUUGUUUAAAUUGUCUAGUUUUAGGGCAAAAUUUUCCAGUGACUUAUUACCAAAGUGCUGAGGGCUGUGGCACAAGGAUAGACAUGACGAUCUGUUCUGUAUCCUUAAUUAAAUCCAUACUCAAAA